AAGCAAUGCUAGACAAUUUUGGUCCCACCUGAUUUUAUCCCCAACCACGCGCCUUCCUUUCAUUUGCCAUGUCGUUACUUUUUCCUCCGAUCUAAACCAACGGUCCAAGUUUAUCCUAACUUGUUCGACCUUUAACUCCGCUCAUUUCGUAGUUAAAUAUCUCCGUUCAGUCACCGUUCCAUCCCGGCUAUCGACUUCUUUUUUUUCAACAACAAAAAGAUCUUAAGAUACCCCAUCUCCUGUCCAGUUUCUGAUCACUAUGGGGCUACUUGACCAGUUAUGGGACGACACCGUUGCUGGUCCUCGACCCGAUAACGGUCUGGACAAGCUACGGAAGCACUCCUCUUUCACUUCCCGGCCUAACUCCUCCAAGGAAUCCGAUGGCGGGAGUGUGAGAUCGUUCAAUGAUGAAACGCCGUCGGAGAAAACGACCAAAGUGACACGUUCGAUCAUGAUCGUAAAAUCGCCUCGUUACCAGAGCGGAUCGCCUCCGGUUUCGCCGGCAGAAUCUACUCCUCCGGUAUCUCCUUUAUCUGGAGCCGUUUCGAUUUUGGAGAAGGUUUACAUCGGGCGCAUACGAAAAGUCCGGGAGCAAUGUUGGACCUAGGAGCGCUCCUACUCCUUAUGACGUGUGAGAUGUGAGCUGAUCUCCGGUGAUCCGUUAUUCUACGACGUAUCGUUUAUUUGCAUAGUGUCUAGGAUGAGGUCUUUACUGCUGAAGCCUACAAUGUAAUGUCAAAUAGAGUUUACUGCUUCUGUUUUGCAAUGCAAUGUGUACGUCUGGCUAUAUAGCUUUAGCAUGGGAUAAUAUUUAUAGACGGCGCUGAAGAGCUGUAAACUAUGUAGGGAUGACAAUGUACGCUUUCUUUUUCUCUUGUUGAAAAUAAGAUUUCGGUUUCGGUUUUCACUUA